UGGUCACACACGGUCGAGUCAAGCAACCCAUGGCUUCCAAGCGCUUUUUGCUAUUCCAAAUCACCUUGAUUAGCUUGACCUUAGUAGUCUCUUCCUUCCCUGAUUACACCCCAACGGGCCAGCUCUCUCCGUAUUAUUACGACAGAUCGUGCCCUCGCUUGCAAAUGAUCGUCAGAUACAACGUUUUGGCAGCUUUCAAGAAAGAUACGAGGAUCGCCGCCUCUCUUCUUCGAUUACACUUCCACGACUGCAUUGUCGAUGGCUGCGAAGGAUCCGUGCUUCUUGAUGACACCGUGGACAUGAAGGGCGAGAAGAACGCCUUGCCAAAUCACAACUCUCUCCGAGGCUUCGAAGUCAUCGACAGCAUAAAAGCCGACCUCGAGAAAUUCUGUCCCUACACCGUCUCGUGCACUGAUAUACUCACCCUCGCUGCAAGAGAAGCCGUCUAUAUGUCAGGUGGGCCUUAUUGGGCUGUACCGUUGGGAAGAAAAGACGGAAUCACGGCGAGCGAGAAGUCGGCUAAUGAACAAAUACCGUCGCCAAUUGAGCCAUUGGACAACAUCAUUGCUAAGUUCACUUCGAAGGGUCUGGAGGUGAAGGAUGUUGCAGUACUCUCAGGAGGGCACACCAUAGGCUUUGCGCAGUGUUUCACCUUCAAGAGGAGGCUGUUCGACUUCAAGGGAUCCGGCAAGCCUGACCCGACCUUGGACACCUCCUUCCUAUCGAGCCUCCAGAGCGUAUGCCCCAACAGAGACGCCUCCAACACCAACCUCGCUCCUCUCGACUCCACCAACGACAAAUUCGACAACUACUACUAUGCCAACCUGGUGAACAACUCGAGCCUUCUCGAAUCGGACCAAGCCUUGAUGGGUGACGUGAGAACCGCCUCGUUUGUCAAUUACUACACCACCAACCCCACGCUGUUCUAUAACGAUUUCGCCACUUCCAUGGUCAAGCUGGGCAAUGUGGGAAUUCUUACCGGGCAGAGUGGGCAGAUCAGGACGAAGUGUGGCUCUGUGAACUGAAGUGGAUGAGUGAAAACAAAGGGGACUUAGUGUCAUCUUAAACAACGUUGUGAAAUCUACAAAUUAUCAAUUUGGUGUUCCUAUGUUGAGUAGAUAACUUAAAAGUAUCUGUUGUACUAUCAUCACUAGAUGUCUUGUCCAAAAGACAUGAUCAAAUGAGAACAUUGGAGACGUAGAUGUUCCUCUUUCUCUUGAAA